UUUGCAGCAGAAGCCGUGGUUGCCCCCUCGGCCCCUGUCCCAGCCCCCGCCCAGCCCGGCAGCGCCUCCCCCCCACAGGGGGCCACAUCCCCAGAGGAGAAGCCUGAGGCUGGGGGGGCCCACGCCAUCCCACGCCGUCAUGCCCCCCUGGAGCAGCUGGUGCGGCAGGGCUCCUUCCGAGGGUUCCCCACCCUGAGCCAGAAAAACUCCCCCUUCAAGAGGCAGCUCUCUCUCCGCCUGAACGAGCUGCCCUCCACCCUGCAGCGCAAGGGGCACUCGGAGGGCGCAGUCUUAGAGGUGGACGCAGCUCCCAGGAGGGACUCGGAUGGCAUCUCUGCUCUCUGCACUCAGAUCGACGCAUCGCUCGCCCAGCCGGCCGGAGAGCCCCCCGCAGCCGUAAUGCCUGUGGAAGGGGGCAGCACAGGGCCCUCUUCCUCCUGGAACGACCCCCCUGCCAGCCCGCUGUUCCAGCCGGGACACAAGCGGACACCAUCAGAGGCCGAGCGCUGGCUGGAAGAGGUGGCCAAGGCCGCCAAGGCGCAGCAGCAGCAGCAGCAGCAGCCACCACCCCUGGCGGCCCCUGCCCCUCUGCCCGGCUUUCCAGCCCCCCUCCCUGCAGGCAUCUUUGCAUCUCCCCACAUGCCACCCACCUUUGUGCCCGUGGGCACUGCCUACGCACCAGCUGUGCCCUUCCCUGCCCUGCCCAGUGUGCCUGUGGUUGGCAUCACACCCUCCCAAAUGGUGGCUAAUGCCUUCUGCUCUGCCACACAAGCUCCCAUCAGAAAUUUGGGGGUCAAGGCCGGCCCCUUCCCUCAGGCCCUCCUGGCCCCCCCUCGGCUCAAAGCCAACGGGACUGUCUGGCCCCCUGAGCAAAGUCAGCCAGGUGUGCCGGCCCCCCACCCCGAGCCCCCCGACCCAUUUGAAGCCCAGUGGGCUGCUCUGGAGUCCAAGGCUCCUGCCGCGGCCUCCAACCCUUUUUCUGGUGACCGGCAGAAAACCUUUGAAAUAGAAUUGUGA